UCAUCAUCCAAGCGGAACCUUUGAAAUACACGGCUGUUUUACGUCGGUGUUGGAACCUAAUCUUGGUAACAACAUGGACCGAUGAGGGGAAAGUUCCCUCUGUUGCAAACGCUGACCCAUUACACAUCACCAGAGGGGAGCCGGUAGCCCACAGGAGCUGCCACUGCGGUCACCUUCCAGCAGCCUGGUGAUUAUGCGGCCGGGACGGCGUCUGCUUUAACAGAUCUGGGUCCAGGCUCGGGGGCACAUUCCUUGGAGCGUGGCUGUUUGGGUUCUCCGCCACAAUGCAGAGCAGCGAAGCCCCUGCUGCUCACGUCCUGUUGGAGCGACCCUGGCUUCCUCUGUGCAUCAGCGGCUGCCAGCUCCUUGCCAAGACCUGGUUUGGGGACACGGCCUACCACAUCCUGCUGACAGACAUGCAGUGUGUCUGGGAGGAGAGGAUGGACGCGGCCGCCAUCCAGAGCAGAGCUCAGGAGCUGAACAGGCGUCUGCGAGCCCCGGUCAAGGCUUUCUUCUCCCACCUGUGCGAGGUGGCUCGGCCCUGUCUGUCUGGAGGUGACGCACAGCCGGGCGACGAGGCCAAGAUCUCCCUGAUGCGCCAGGAGGACGGAAACAUCAGCAUGAGGCUGAAGAGCGAGCUGGCAGGCCUGCCCUUCUACUGGGAGUUCCACUGCAGCCCCACGCCCGUCCAAACAGUGUGCAGUCAGCUGGUGCGCCCCCUGCUGCUGAUGAGCCGGCUGCUGCAGCGUCAGGUGGGGCAGCUGGGAGGCUUCCUGCUCAGGAAGGACGCAGAGAUUCAGGACUAUCGGGAGAACGGAGCCACGCUGAGCAGAGAGCGCCUGCAGACGGAAGUUUUCGAGGAGCGAACCCACAGAGAGGACUUCAUUGGAAAGGCUCUACCUCAGCUGUGCUCUGGGCAGCAGGAGGGGUUGGGGUUCGACGCCGACCUGCAGGAGCUGUACACCACCAUCGUCACCCACAGUAACACACGUAAACGCAAACUGUCAGAGAAAAACCCCUCAGAGGAAGAUCUGCCUGCCACCGAGGGAACCCAACCUCACCCCGUCUCCAGAUCAGAAACCUUUGCCAAUCUGGGAGUGAAAAAUCAAGAAGCAGGAAGGACAGAAGAGCUUAGUAUGGGAGACAAUGAGGCGGUGGUGAGCAGUGAAUCAGUGGAAGGCGACAGAGAGCAGAGCCAGAAGGACCAGGGGGACACAGCUGGAGCCAAGAUGGCCGACGGUCCCACAGAAAUACAGUCUGGACCCAUCCCUGCUGAUCCUGCAGAACGACCAGCGUCCAAGCCAAAGAAGAAGAAAGUUGGACUGUUCAGAUGAGCUCCAGCAGUAGGAAGCAAUAGAGGAAAAAUGAGACAUUAAUUACCUUUAAGUGCUUCAUGUUUAAAGAAGAAAAAAAAGAAGGUGGAGGGGGACUUUCUCUUGGUAUUGCAAACCAUGCUCUCUUUUUAGGAUUUUGCUUUCAAGGACACUAGCUGUUUUUAAUUAGGAUUUUGAUUAAUUCAUAGAGAAGGUUUUUUAUCUGAAAAAUGAAAUGAAAUAAAUUAUUGCUAUUUUAACAAUUUUGUGGAGUGAGGAUUCAAACACCAAACCCUCUGCCUUAGACUUAGACUACCUUAGGCUUAGACUUUGUGCAAUUGAUAUUAUUUUUUUUACCUCUGAACUGAAAAUUCCUAAAACACUCAUUUCAUGCAGAAACGUAUGUAUUUGGAUCUUAUUAUGUAAAAAUACAUUGGGAAUUACAUGAGUAAGCUACUUGUAUUUUUUUAAUUUUGUAUUUGACAAGCCUGAAAAAAA